CAUGACAAAACAUGUGUUCAAAAGACACCUUGGUAUUGCAGAACCACUGUCGGACAAUUUUAUGUAUGUUUCGGAUUGGACCCAUGAUAAAGUAUAUCAAGUUUCUUUAACAAAUGACGCUGUAAACGCCCUUGAUAGUUCGACCGUCGAUUCACCUACUGGAGUAAUCUACAAUUCAAUUACGAACAUAAUAUAUUGGUGUGAUACAACAUCGAAAUAUAUUCAGUCUGCAAAUGUCAACGGUACGGGUUAUUCAGUGUUAUUUGAUGUUGGUAAGUAUUGCUCUUUGGUUUAACAUAAUUUGAAUUUGCAUGGCUUUUGCUUCUGCACAAAGGGUUUAAGAAUUUUAGUGUUCGCCAGUGUUCGGCCGGACUUAAGAUCUUAUAUACCUGUCUGGAAUCAGCGCUUAUAUGGUGUAUCAGUGUACAUCAUUAUUUCCAGUUUCGUAUCUGUUACAGACAGUUGGAAUAGUGUAAUUGCGCAAACGUUUCAUAAUAUUCUCAUUUAAAAACCCACAACACUAAACUCAAAGAAUCUUAAUCAGGAAUAUCACAUUGGAACGGAAAAUGUAAUUUAAUGCGGUUUAAAAUCAUGUACAGGUAUAAAACCAGACGUAACGAAUAGUAUCGCAAUAUAAAAACAAAACAAAAGACUAUUUAUUUAUAUCACUCUACAUUCUGUUUACCAGUUGCGGAAACAUAGUUUCCUUCAGCUUUCUCUUUCUAUUAUAAUUUUAAAAGGUUUUAAAAUUACUUGAUUGUAUUUUCAAACCCUCUUCAGAUAUUUGGCAUGUAUACAUGAAAUUAUAUUUUUCCAACUCAAUUAUUAAUUUUUAUAUUGCAUCUUAUCUUUUUUAAAAUUUUAGAAGUAUGAAUAACAACUGUUUAGCUAUUUACUGAACUUUUUAACUAUUUAUCAUGAUAAUAAUUCAGCUUAUAAAGCCUAAGUUUGACCCAUGGUUAUAAUUGUAGCUGUUUUGUAUAAAACUUGUCGUUGCUAUUUCAACUAAAGGUUGUGUUUUGAAACCAUUUAAUUAAUCAUUAAUUUUGAUUAAAUAUUUCCCAGUUCAUAACAAUUAUUUGCAUUUCACUUUCUCCAAAGGGGCGUAUCGCGCACACCCCGACCGGCUGGCUCUUGACUACAGCACGGGCAACAUUUACUACACUGCUGUGACAUCAAGUCAGUUACCAACAGGUUUCACCGGAAUCGGAGUUGUGUCUCCUAAUGGUUUCCAUAGAAAAUUGAUCUUGGAAGGAGUUCAUCCGAGGGCAAUUGAAAUUGACCCUAGCAAAGGCAAGCGCAUUAUACGUUACCGACGGCAAAAAGAACAUAAUCUACCGCCGUGGGUAUGAGGCGAACACGUGUGUUCAGUACUUUAGUGACCCUGAAUCUCAACUCAUGGACAUUAAACUUCUCGGCAACUAUCUCUAUUACACUGCUUGGAAUAAAGUUCCAGUCACAAUGCAGCGGUAACAAUAGACGAGGAAACUGCAGCACGUUCUGUCAUCCAACACCGAACAGCUUCACGUGUGGAUGCCCUGGCGGAGAGCAAUUGCUUCCGGAUGGAAAAACGUGUGCUAUAACACCAACGUCAUCAUCCACAUCAACAACAACAACACAUCAUCCACACCAUUUCUAACAACAACAACAACUGAAACAACAAAGACAACAUCAAGUUCUUUUAUGACAACGUCCACGACUUCCAAUACGACAUCUCCUAAAAUUGGUGACGAUAAAAGCAACGAUGAUAAAGCUUCUUCCUCCCAAAUCAUGUACAUCGGAGCAGGCGCUGGUGGAACUGUAUCUAUCGUCAUUAUUGUCGUCGUAAUCGUCAUCGUCUUAAUAAAAUGCGGAAGAAAGGCACAAACUGGUGCACGGUACGAACAUAAUCCACAAAGCGGCCUCGUCAACUACGGGUUCGAGCAUACUGCCGAGUAUAGGGAUGGAGCUGUAACAUUCCGAACGCAAGGCGAACAGCCAUACUCAGUGCUGGGUAAUUUCGGAGGCGUAUCUCAUUACUCGAGGAAUGAAAACACAUACAGUACACUGCAGGAUGUAACAAACAUGCACGCAUACGACACGAUCAAUCGUAUAAGUGACUGCCCAACCACUGAUGCACCUUCUCUCCCCGUCUGAUUGGAGACACAUGCCUCGAAGCAGCGAGCUCUCUGUUGUGAAUGAGGCAGAUCAGUUAUGAAUUCGUCUGACCAUUUCCCCGACAGUGGUAGUAGUGCAAAGCAUUUUAACUGGCCGAGUUGAUACUUAAAAAGGUCAAGUCUUGAAUAUACAUUUAUUUAAGUUGUUGAAAUGAACGCCAUGUUCAUUCAUUUUUUGCAAAAUAAUAUUUUUGCUACCCGUACUUCACAACCGUAGUUGGAGACUAUUGGACAAUCACAUAUUUAAAUAAUUGUUUGUUAAACAAAAUCAAGACGAGUAUGUAAGAUUAAAUUAAUUAAAAAUUAUUUUAAAUUAAAACAAUAUUUGUGUGAGUAUGAUUUACAACUAAAUAAUAAGUCUUAAAACUUUGUGUUAUUGGUAAAUUAUUACAUAGGUAACGGACACUCGUUUUAUAUACAUGAUACACAAAGUAUAGGACUUUGUUUUCGACGUACCCUAUUUGAACCGUUAAUAAGGAUUCGUUGAGCAUACUUAUGUUGAUUUGUUUCUGAUAUGACGAACAUAUCUUUCAUAUCAUCAAUAUAUGAACAUGUUGUUAACAUUGAUAUAAUAUUAUUAAUAGAGGGAUAUUCACAUUUUAACAAUCGGCAUUACAAAUCAAAAAAUGUAUUACAACAAUUCCAUGUUGUAGAAGUCCCGUUGAUGUGUAUAGGUCUGAAUAUUAACCGUUUCAUCGAUGAAAACGAAAUUAAGAUAGUGGACUAUUAUACGUGUCCGUUUGUAAUAUAUUAGAAUAAUCAUGGUAUGUGUUUAAUAGAUGAACGACGCUUCAUGCGCAUAUUUAUGAAUUGUAUGCAGCAUAGAAAUGCACCUUUAAAACUUACGACAAUUAGCUUCAAAUGUAGGUUGAUGUAUCCGCACACUCAAAUACUUAUACUAUGCAAUAAUUAUAAAAGUUUGUUAUCGUGUCACCCUGAGUACUCAUCGUAUAUGUAAAAUGUAUAUAUAUUUAAAUUAUGGUUUAUGGUGAAUAUUAUAUUUUAGUCUAUAUAUUGUAUACAUUUUAUAUUAAAAUUACCAGAUUUGUUAAAUUUUGUUUGGACUCGGAAAAUGUUAUACAAGAAGCAAAUAUUACAAAUACUCUCUUCGCCGGAGAUCACCUUUCCCAUUAGUGUCAUACUCUAAGCGCGCUUAUAUAUUUUUACGCUUUGCAUUGGAACGUUAUUUAAAACAACAUAUGAUUAUGUAUUGUAUUAACCUAUCCGUAUACAACAAAUGCGUAAUUUAUUUAGAUGAUCUCAAACAUGUGUGCGUCAUUGUUCAUUAAAGUUACUCUAUUCCUUAUUGAUAACACCCUAUAUUCUAUGAAGGAAAUGCCAUCUGUCAAAAUUGAAAUAAGAUAUGAAUACAAAUGGCAACAUAUGUAACACAGUGUAAAGGCAUGUUACACCCAAUAUUGCUGCUUCUUCCUGUAUUUUCAUGACGAUGAUCUGAAAUAUAAACUAUAUGAUGCAAUAAUCUUAAAUCUGUUUUGUAAAAAGAAUGGAUGUAGUUGACACUUGUUCGUAAUUUCAUUUCAUCGUUUCUCAAAAAAGUUGUGACUUUGUUUCUCUGGUCUCCUUCCAACAAUUGAAUAAUAAAACGAUAAUUAAAUUGAA